GCAUUUCCGGGUGAUAUCCUAGGUUACAUCAACAAUAUGUCCACUACCGGGGUAAGAUCGGGGAAGACUAAACAACAAAAAUGACGGUAUACAUGCCUCCGAUAGCUCGCAAAAAGAGAGUGGAUUGUCGAUACAAUCCUGAUACAUUUCGUGUUAUAAGUGAGGAAGCUGAGAGUGUACACCAGAAGUUUGAACCACAGCCAUACAGAGCGUCUUUUGAGCCAGUAACUCCCCAAGAGCCAUUAUUUCCAGAGAUUUCUACCCCACACAAACGUACACGCGUCCUACCACAUGCUACUCCUGAUUAUCGACACAACUGUCCUCAACCAAAAAAAUGUUCUUUUAUUGAAACAAAUGCACAUCUGCUAAAUGAACCUAUUUGUGUGCACAAGCCAACCUACACGAAAGACUCCACAUACAGAAAUGAGUUUAUGUAUACCAAACAACUGGCACCCAAACCUCAUUUUCGCCACUCCGCAAAUCCUAACCAAAAGCCAGCUUGUGGAGUUGUUCCUGUAAACAUGCUGCACGAGAUGGAUGGUACCGAGCAUUUCUACAAAGAACGUUUGUCUUUUGAACACCAAUAUAACAGCAGAACAGACCCCAACUACCCUAUAAGGGGCAAGCGCCAUGGUGCUUUUGUUGUGGAUCGUAUUGAUCAGGAAAGUGCACAGAGAUUCAUUGAUUAUCAUACCAAGCUAAAUGAUGAGUGCCCUAUUGUUACCAACUUUGGCUCACCACGCUUAAACCCCAUUCCUGUGCCCGAACUCCACUGUGUGAACUCUCAUGCCUGUGCUCUAAGCAAACAAACAGCAGUACCUGAUGCUCAAGUAUCUGCAAACAGACUGCCUGCAUCACAGCCUGAGCAGAAUGCUGCCACAGACUACCAGCAGAAUAGUCUAUUGGCUUCUCCUCUGCCAGAAAAUGUCAAAGGUUAAAAAACAAAGCAUGGUCAAUCUCAACAUUUUCUUUAAAUUGAGUGUACAGUGUACACUAAGGCAAAAAAAAAAAAAAAAGAAAAAAAAAAAAAAAAAA